CAAGGGAUUUUCAACAGCAUAGGAUAUCACUACACAAUACACAGAACUCUAUGUGCUAACAUGUCUCCUAAAAUUCUUUGGAAAUAUUGAAGGAAAAAAAAUACCUCACAACCAUGAAAACGUUACAACACAGCAUAACAUGUACUACAAGGUUCAUUAGCUUCAUUCUCCUCAUAUUUUUCCUCUUCAUGACCCUAUCAAGUGCACAAUCAAAAUCACCAUUUUACAUGCAUGGUAUUUGUCAGAACCUAACAGAAAAAACAAACAACACUUCAUACAAAUCCAACGUUAACAACUUCCUUGCAUGGAUAAUCACUGAUUCUGUCACAGGCACAUUAUCUAAUAACAACACCAUAGGCAGCAAGAACAACAGUGAUCACGACAAUGUUUAUGGGUUCUACGAAUGUAGGGUUGGCAUCACUGGAAGUUUCUGCCAAUUCUGUAUCAACACUGCUGUUGGACAAAUCGCUCAACGUUGUCCUAAUGGUGACUCGGCUAUGAUAUGGUAUGAUUUAUGCAUCAUAGGUUAUUCUAGCGAGAAUUCCAUAGGAAAAGUUAUUGUAGAACCCUCAUGGAAUGUAACCGGAUCCAAACUCACUAAGGACUCCACAGAACUUGCAAAAGUAGAGAAUAUCAUGACGAGUUUGAUAGGAAAAAUGAGUAUAUCAGCCACUGCCAAUUGGGCAGCGGGUGAGUUCUAUUGGAGCCACACCGAGAAAAGGUAUGGUUUGGUGCAGUGUAAUAGAUUGCUUAGUAAGGACGGGUGCAGACAGUGUUUAGAGGCUAUGUUGGAUAGAGUUCCUCGAUGCUGUGGAACGAAGGUAGGAUGGGUAGUUGUGUGUCCUAGUUGCGGAAUGAAGAUUGAUGAUUAUAAUUUCUACCAACAGCAAACAGAAUCUCCUUCUCCUAUUCCAAAUCCAGACAAACAGGAAGAUUCAGGUAACAAAAAAACCUUGAUCAUCAUCUUGGUAUGUGUACUGGUGGCAGUAGCUCUACUAAUGUGUUGUGUCUGCUACUACUGGAGAAAGAAUGGAUUCAGUAAAGGUGGAUUACUGUUGAGGACUGCUACUCCUAUAUCUUUCCGUGAUCAUGCUCAAGGAGAGGAUGCACUCAAUGGAGACCUUCCUACAAUCCCUUUAACUGUAAUUGAACAGAUCACGGAUAACUUUUCGGAGUUAUCUAAAUUAGGAGAAGGUGGAUUUGGCCCUGUUUACAAGGGUACAUUACCAGACGGCACAGAAGUUGCUGUGAAAAGGCUUUCAGAAACAUCAGGUCAAGGUUCAGAGGAGUUCAAAAAUGAAGUAAUAUUCAUAGCUAAACUGCAACACAGAAACCUUGUGAGACUCUUGGGUUGCUGCAUUGAUGGAAAUGAAAAAAUACUUGUAUAUGAAUACAUGCCAAAUUCAAGCCUUGACUCUCACCUUUUCGAUAAGGAAAAGCAUAAGCAACUGGAUUGGAAAUUACGACUAAGCAUUAUCAAUGGAAUUGCAAAAGGACUGCUUUACCUUCAUGAGGAUUCUCCACUUCGAAUAAUCCAUAGAGAUCUGAAAGCCAGCAAUGUUCUUCUGGAUGAUGAAAAGAAUCCAAAAAUAUCAGAUUUUGGAUUGGCAAGGACAUUUGAAAAGGACCAAUGUCAGACAAAAACAAAACGAGUUAUUGGCACCUAUGGAUACAUGGCUCCAGAAUAUGCUAUGGCUGGGUUUUUUUCAGUGAAAUCAGACGUUUUUAGCUUUGGAGUUCUUUUAUUAGAAAUAAUUUAUGGAAAAAGAAAUGGCGAAUUCUUUCUUUCAGAACAUAUGCAAAGUCUUCUAUUAUAUAUUUGGAAACUGUGGUGCGAAGGAAAAAGUUUAGAAUUAAUUGAUCCAUUCCACAAAAAAACGUACAUUGAAAGUGAAGUUUUGAAGUGUAUACACAUUGGUUUAUUGUGUGUACAAGAAGAAGCAGCGGAUCGACCAACCAUGUCCACUGUUGUUCGUAUGCUAGGAAGUGACACAGUAUCCCUUCCAAAACCCAAUCAACCAGCGUUUUCAGUUGGGAGAAUGUCCAAGAAUGAAGAUCAAACUUCAAAAAAUUUGAAGGAUAAUUAUUCUGUUGAUGAAGUAACACUAACUAUUGUCUCACCUAGAUAGUUAAUACUUAAUAUUUAUGGUUUACUUUGCAGCAGAUUUGAAAAUAUUGUUCAAUUCUCGGUUGAGCUGAAAAUAUAUCUAACAUGUUAUUAGUUUGUGAAUAUAUUAUGCUAUAACACAAAUGUCAUUUUUUAAAUAUAGUUAUAAACAUGUUUUUUUAAUGUAGUAUGCUACCAACGUUAGAAUUCUCGGAAAUAUGAUUAUUGACACAAAAAUGCGAUCGGAAGUACCCUAUGAAUAAAUAUAAUUAAUCAAAUCAUAUAAAUCAAAACCACCUGGCAGUUGCAAGUAUCCUAUGUGGUAUUUAAAGAUUAAUUGCCAAACGCCAUAAGGCUAAACACAAGGAAUAAAACUU